UUAGUAAACUCUGUCAUAGAGCGAUUUUACUGAUAAUUCAUAAUUUACUUAAAAUGAAUUUAUUAAUUUCUUUUUUUGUUUAUAUACUGUAUUAUGUACAAUGUCGAGCUGAAAUUAAUAUAAACGUAAAAGUUGCCUCAAAUAAAGGUGGUAGUGCAGUGACGUCUAAUGGCUCUGAUGUGAAAUUAGUGACUGAAAAGGAAGUAAAGUUAUACAAUAUUACUGAUUAUAAUUUGAACAGAGGUUUAAGAAUCGAACUCGGUAAAGCGCCUGAUGAUAUAUUCCUUAAAGAUCCAACUACUUAUGGCAAUUUAUUCUCGAAAUAUAAAUGGAACGAAAUACAUAGAAAAUUGUAUGUUAAAAGUGCCGAAAUUAUCGACAUUGUGAACGAGAGUGUUGAAUUAAAAUCUCGUAAUUACAUAAAUAAUACAACUAGAAAAGCAAAAAUCAAAGUCAAUUUGCACGAGCCAGUGGAAACAAUAAUUUCCUCUUUUUGGGAUAAAAAUGGAUUCCACGACGACAUAUACUACAAUAUAACAAUAGAUCAUUAUAAAACAAAAUUAAUUUACAAAAAUAAAUGGAUGGAUAAUAAUUUCAAGACAAAGAAAUCAAUUUUCGGAAUGAGUAAUGUUGGUUUUAUAAAUAUUGCACCAGGUUACACAGUUACGACUAAACUAACCGCUAAAAGAACUGUCAUUCUCGUUAAAGUGAUAUACACUUCUAGUCUAAUUGGAAGUUUGGUCAUUAAUUAUGCACAUGUAUAUGGAAAAUAUCAUUUUUACGCACCAAACAUAUCAAAAAUAAUGAAAGCUGCUAAACUGAAUAAUGAAAUCAUUAUAACUGAGGCUAUUGAAAUAAAAUGUUAUACAGAUCCAGUUAUAGAUGUAAUUGAUAACACCACAGGAAAAAAGAUGCCUAUGAUAUUUAUUGAUAAACGAUUCCAUCAACAGAAGCCGAAAAAAUCACAAUUAAGUAUUAUAAAUAAAAAGAAGCGACAAUAAAAGUAUU